CUGUCUGACUUUGGGCUGUACACCUGUGUGGCCACCAGCUCCAGUGGGGAGACCUCAUGGAGUGCCUUCCUGGAUGUCAGAGGUAUAGUAACAAUGUGUCCAUUUGAUUUACUGUCCCUUCUACACUCUUAGAAAAACAGGUGCUAUCUAGAACCGAAAAGGGUUCUUCGGCUGUCCCUGUAGGAGAACCCUUUGAAGAACCCUUUUUGGUUCCAGGUAUAACCAUUUUGGUUUCCAUGUAGAACCCUUCCCACAGAGGGUUCUACAUAGAACCCAAAAUAGUCCCUGAUUGGCAGAUGAGUGGCAACCCUGAUUAGAAGCUGCUCAUCUGUUGUUCUUUACAAAUGCAGUUUGGAAUGAAAGAAAAUGGUACGUACACACUGAAGAAGGCUGUAAAGCCGAAACGUCUGUGUAUACUAUCUCUGAUGCAGUAAAACAUUAAAAACAUCAAAUAAUGAAGUAAGCUUUAUGCAACAUAUUUUUGAGUGCGAACCCAUUACACCUCUUUGUUUGUCUGAAUUCAUGUGUUUUACGCACCAGCCAAGCUUCUGGGAGAGCGCCAUGGUUCUCUUUUGAUUACCCAAAAUAGUUCUACCUGGAACCAAAAAGGGUUCUCCUAUGGGGACAGCCAAAUAACCCUUUUGGAACCCUUUUUUCUAAUAGUGUACACACCAUUGAUUGAAGCCAUCCACCUAAUGCGUUCCUUUCUCCUUCAAUCUGCCUUGUCCAGUGAAAGAGCCUGUUCUCCUUUUCUCCAUCUCAGAGUCCAAUGACCUCACAGACUCCAUGUCCCACAAUGCCAGUGCCCUACCAGGGCCUCCUUCCAAGCCAGAGGUCACUGAUGUCACCAAGAACACUGUCUCAUUGUCAUGGGAACCUGGGCCCGAGGAGGGCUCCACAAUCUCCUCCUAUGUCAUUGAGGCCUUUGGGUAUGUCUGGGAACCUUGGUCCUUAGCGAAGCUGCAGUAAAUUACCCCAAACUUUCAGAACAAUGACAGAUGUAUGCAUUUAUGUGGGCAUAAGGGUAACUGGCACGUUCAGGGCAAGCACAUACAUCCUAGGGCUAUUGCAGAAUAGUCUGUAUACAAGAAUAAUGUACAGUCCAACAAGGUUGAUCAGGGUUUAUUUGAACCACUAAAAAGUGUUUAGGUUUGGUUUCAGACUAGAGUUGCAGAUGUCUUGAUUUUGCUAGUUAAAUUAGCUAAGUGAAAAACAAUAGGACUACUGUAGCUAUGGAACGCUAUUACCGUAAAAGCUUUUCUUGGCUUCACUAAAUAUCUUCCUCCUGUUUUCUCUUUGAGCAGUCAGCUUGUCAGCAACAGCUGGCAGACUGUGGCUGACCACGUGAAGACUACACAGUUCACGGUCAAGGACCUGCGACCCAACACGGUCUACCUGUUCAUCAUCAGAGCGGUCAACGCCCAGGGUCUCGGAGACCCCAGCCCCAUGUCUGAGCCUGUCCGCACCCAAGGUACUGUACCCAACCAACCACUCUUGCCAUUAUAACAUUUUCAUAAGGUUUUGAUUGCAAUUGGCAUCAUCCUCUUUCUCUCUCUCUCUCUCUCUCACUUUCUCGCUCUCUCUGUCUCUGUCACUCUCUCACUUUCUCUCUCUCUUUCUCUCUCUCUCUCUCACAGACAUCAGCCCUCCGGUGCAGGGUGUCGACCAUCGACGUGUCCAGAAGGAGCUGGGUGAUGUGGUGGUCAGCAUGCACAACCCUGUGGUCAUCAGCUCCACCUCUGUCCAAGUCACAUGGACUGUGAGUACAACUGAUAUGAAUCUAUACUAUGAAUUGUUUUUAUUGUUGCUUGUCGACAGAAUUGCAGUUAACAGUUUGACCAUCUUUAAUGGGACUCAACAAACACACUUUAACUUAACAUUUUGACUUGCAGAGCCCAAUUAUUAAUUUAUUUAUAGAUGUCACAAUGAGGAACUAGUAUGAGUAGGUUUGGUAUGAACCAGGGUGCGUUGUCUCUGUGGUGAGUUAUUAUUCUCACUGAAUCAAACAGGCAGUAUAGAAUCUGAAGAGCUGAAUAGCGAGAGAGAUGAGCCUUGUACAGCAUUAGGAUAGUUCAGGAACAGAGCCAGCUCCAAGCCUUUGCUUAUCUCCAAGCUUCAUACACACAGUUUGAGUUUAGUUUUUCAUACAGAAUGCUGUGUGUUUUCCACUGUCUGUUCUCAGUUGGCACACGCACACACACACACACAUGCAUAAACACACACACGCGUGCACACACACACAGUGCGAGUGUCUGAGACAGGUGGACGUGGAGUCCAGGGACAGCUGAUGUUCCAUCAAUCUGUGAUUGUUUGAGUGACGCAGGAAUUAAGACAAAUGUUUCUCACUGAGACAAAUAGAUCACCAUUAGCGGCAACAUGUUGUGUUCUCUCUUUUGGAAGCGGUUUGCAGUCAGCUCUUAUCUGGAGGUUAUUCAUAUUUUCCCUUGGCAAGAUGUCCCAUCUGCCUUCUGGAGAGCACUGCUUAAUGACAGAGGCUCUUCCAUUCCACACACAAGUACACAUACAGCAGUGGCGGUCGGUGACAUUUAAGAUUUUUUAUUUAUUUAUUUCACCUUUAUUUAACCAGUUAAGCCAGUUGAGAACAAGUUCUCAUUUACAACUGCGACCUGGCCAAGAUAAAGCAAAGCAGUGUGGAAAAAACAACAACAACACAGAGUUACAUAUGGAAUAAACAAAACGUACAGUCAAUAAGACAAUAGAUGAGGGAGGACGAUUGGCCUUAUUUCUAUUAUAUAAUGGAUGACUGUCAUUCAUGUUCCAUUCACCCAGCUCAAUGUAACAUCGAUAGGUUUAGGCUACUACAAGAUACUCAAAUUUUCCCUAUACCCAUAAUUAGGUUGCUACAACCUAGCCUAUGAAUGAACGUUUACAAUGUAGGUGCACAGGUCAAGAGAAAAUUUAGAGUAAUCUAGGUGACAGACAGUGACACAUUCAUCACCGCCUUGCACACUAUUGCCUGCAUCUAGCUGAUCUAGGGUGUAAUCAUUAGUCCAACAGUUGCAAAUGAGAAUUUGUAUUGGACAAAUGCAGGUACUGUAUGUUUAUCCCCAUUUCGUUCCGUUUGCUUACGUUUAAGAAACUUUUUUCAAUAGAAUCGGCAGAAUGAAUACACCCCUGAUCAUACGCAAACACAGAUCACUUUCAUAGCAGCCACAUACAAACAUGAUCAUUUUGCUCGUUGUAGAAUUACUUCUCACAUCUACGUGCUCUCCUCCUCUCACCUUUUCCCUUCGCAUGUGGACUUCAGUGUACAACACAUCAGUUGCCUGUGACCAGGUGAAAAAACCUUUCCAAGCCAAACCUUCAAAUCAUAACCACUAACCGCUACACACAGCCUAGAUAGUUAGCUAACGUCAUAGCUAGUCAACAUACUGUAGCCACUAGAACUAACGCGUUAGUAAACCCACUACAAUCAUGCAGUAAAUUAGUAAAACCAAAAUCUUAUCUUGGAAGAGUUCCAGUGUUGGAUAGCCAUAGCCAGCUAGCUAACAUAGCAUCUCUCUCUGUUUGAGUAGGCUAAAAUAGAUACCUGCAUUCGCUAGUUAAGUGAAAGUUAAAUAAAAUACAAUGAAAUAUAGCUCUCUCUCUCUCUCUCUCUCUCUCUCUCUCUCUCUCUCUCUCUCUCUCUCUCUCUCUCUCUCUCUCUCUCUCUCUCUCUCUCUCGCUUCUCCUUCAUUUUAGUAUAAAUUAAUUUGUUAAAAACUGUUGCAACUAUUCUCUUUCUCUCUCUUUGAGUCAACUACUCAACACAUUUUAUGCACUGCAGUGCUAGCUAGCUGUAGCUUAUGCUUCCAGUGCUAGAUUAAUUAUCUGAUCAUUUGAUUGGGUGGACAACAUGUCAGUUCAUGCUACAAGAGCUCUGAUAGUUUGGAAGUCGUCCUCCGGAAGUUGUCAUAAUUACUGUGAAAGUCUAUGGAAGGGGAUGAGAACCAUGAGCCUCCUAGGUUUUGUAUUGAAGUCAAUGUACCCAGAGGAGGACGGAAACUAGCUGUCCUCCGGCUACACCAUGGUGCUACCCUACAGAGUGCUGUUGACGUGAAUAUAUUUAGUAUAUUUUUAUCUAAAAAGGAUAACUUUUGUAAUGUUUCACUAUUUUUAUUUUAUACAAUUCACUGAAGAUGAUGGUCCUCCCCUUCCUCCUCUGAGGAGCCUCCACUGACAUACAGUACCAGUCAAAAGUUUGGACACACCUACUCAUUCAAUGGAUUUUCUACAUUGUAGAAUAAUAGUGAAGAAAUCAAAACUAUGAAAUAACACAUAUGGAAUCAUGUAGAAACCAAAAAAGUGUUAAACAAAUCAAAAUAUAUUUGAGAUUUUAUAUUAUUCAAAGUAGCCACCCUUUGCCUUGAUGACAGCUUUGCACACUCUUGGCAUUCUCUCAACCAGCUUCACCUGGAAUGCUUUCCAACAUUCUUGAAGGAGUUCCCACAUAUGCUGAGCACCUGUUGGCUGCUUUCCCUUCACUCUGCGGUCCAACUCAUCCCAAACCAUCUCAAUUGGGUUGAGGUCGGGUUAUUGUGGCCAGGUCAUCUGAUGCAGCACUCCAUCACUCUCCUUCUUGGUCAAAUAUCCCUUACACAGCCUGGAGGUGUGUUGGGUCAUUGUCCUGUUGAAAAACAAAUGAUAGUCCCACUAAGUGCAAACCAGAUGGGAUGGCGUAUCGCUGCAAAAUGCUGUGGUAGCCAUGCUGGUUAAGUGUGCCUUGAAUUCUAAAUAAAUCACUGACAGUGUCACCAGCAAAGCACUCCCACACCAUCACACCUCCUCCUCCAUGCUUCACGGUGGGAACCACACAUGCGGAGAUCAUCCGUUCACCUACUCUGCGUCUCACAAAGACACGGCGGUUGGAGCCAAAAAAUCUCAUAUUAGGACUCAUCAGACCAAACGACAGAUUUCCACCGGUCUAAUGUCCAUUGCUCAUGUUUCUUGGCCCAAGAAAGUCUCUUUUUAUUAUUGGUGUCCUUUAGUAGGGGUUUCUUUGCAGCAAUUCAACCAUGAAGGCCUGAUUCACGCAGUCUCCUCUGAACAGUUGAUGUUGAGAUGUGAGACUCUGUGACACAUUUAUUUGGGCUGCAAUUUCUGAGGCUGGUAACUGUAAUUAACUUAUCCUCUGCAGCCGAGGUAACUCUGGGUUUUCCAUUCCUGUGGCGGUCCUCACGAGAGCCAGUUUCAUCAUAGCGCUUGAUGGUUUUUGCGACUGCACUUGAAGAAACUUUCAAAGUUCUUGAAAUGUUCGUAUUGACUGACAUUCAUGUCUUAAAGUAAUGAUGGACUGUCGUUUCUCUUUGCUUAUUUGAGCUGUUCUUGCCAUAAUAUGGACUUGGUCUUUUACCAAAUAGGGCUAUCUUCUGUAUACCACCCGUACCUUGUCACAACACAACUGAUUGGCUCAAGAAAGAAAUUCCACAAAUUAACUUUUAAGAAGGCACACCUGUUAAUUGAAAUGCAUUCCAGGUGACUACCUCAUGAAGCUGGUUGAGAGAAUGCCAAGAGUGUGCAAAGCUGUCAUCAAGGCUUAGGGUGGCUUCUUUGAAGAAUCUCAAAUCUCAAAUAUAUUUUGAUUUGUUUAACACUUUUUUGGUUACUACAUGAUUCCGUAUGUGUUAUUUCAUAGUUUUGAUGUCUUCACUAUAAUUUUACAAUGUAGAAAAUAGAUAAAAUAAAGAUGAGUAGGUGUGUCCAAACUUUUGACUGGUACUGUAAAUACACUUACACACAUACGUACACACAUGCACACACUCCAUAUGCUUCAGCACGGGUGCCUUGAGGUCAUUUUAACAUUAUUGGGUAUCUGGGCUCUUCGAGAAAGGGAUUUGCAUAGUGCUGCAUAGCACCAUUGUUUCGUUUAUCAGAUGGUACACUAGUUUAUAACAUGGCUUAUUCAAGGGAACAAUCAAAAAUACCAUUCAAUUGAAGUUACACUUUGAGAUACCAUCUACCAUCUUCAAACAGUUAUAUGAUAAUAUUUCUAGUAUGUAAUUACAUUGUAACACAGGCCAGAUUAAGUCUCAGAAUAAGCAUUGUUUUUUAUUCUUCACAAAUACUAUUAUUGUCAAGCAAAAUCCUUCUCCUACCGUACCCUAGCAUAACUGUCUUAUAAGACAAGGGAAAACUAAACAUAAUGGGCUUGUUUAUGAUAUUUACUCCCACUUUGGCUGCAUCUAGCUGGAUCAAUCAGUUAUAUUACAGCUAACGGAGGGAGGGGAGGGGAAAGAGAGAGUGUGGGGGCGGGCGUUCAUAAAGCUUAUAGAUUCACGAAUCAUAUCGUUAAUGAAAUGCAAGCAGGCAACCGUAGAGGCAGAGCAUCGGCAGCAUGAUUCCAUGAUUUAUUUGGACUGGGCUGACGGUAAACAGCUGCUUUAUUUGUCCUGUAAAAGCUUUUGCUUGCUUCUGCCCCUGUUAACAAGCCAUUACUGUGAGUUAUGUUGCACACUCCCUCCCCAGACCCCACCUCUGCAACUUUCCCCCGCCAUAGUAAUGCGAUUUGUUUACAGAAAAGGAUCAUGUGCGGUUUUAAUCCACUCUGUCAGUCAGGGUGUAAGAGCUUCGUAGCUCUCUGUUUUGCUGGUUUGGUUGGCAUGUGGUGUAUUUAAAUGGAGAGGAAGUAGUUACUAUGACUCACAGUCGAUAUGAUUUAGCUGUUGAAGAAGAAAUGUUCUUAUAUCAUUACGUUAUUGAAAAAUCCCUUUAAAAAUCCUCAAUAUAAAUCAUCUCCUCUUCUUCCUACCCUCCUCUUUCUCUCUCCUUUCCCUCCUUCAGGUGGAGAACCCUUCCCAGUUCAUCCAGGGCUAUCGUAUUCUGUACAGGCAGACAUCAGGCCUGCCCUCCCCGGGGGCCUGGCAGGUGCAGGACCUCAAGGUCCCCUCAGAGAGAGACGUGGCUCUGUUUGGCCUGAAGAAGGGUGUUGUCUAUGAGAUAAAAGUGCGUCCGUACUUCAAUGAGUUCCAGGGAGCAGACAGUGAAUCAAUGACAGCACGCACCUUGGAGGAAGGUAAAGGACCUUUACCGACUCAAUAUGUGUAGUGACGCAACAAAAAGAUAUUGCCAACUGUGUAGGAGGUAUUAUUUUCAGGAAACUCCUGAAAUUGUUUUACAUCAAUGCUACUUGUUUGCUACAUCAGGUAAUGGCCACAUACUGUACCUAGAAGCUGAUACAGAAUGUCAUUACACACCCACACACACUCUCUGCAAACAGACACACUCAAGAGAAGACACACAAAUACAGAGUGAUGCGGUGGCAUCUCCCCUGUGGCAGAACUCUGAGACAUCUCUGCUCUGAAGCGGGGGAGGCUGUUUCCUGUAACACCAGCUCAAACAUUUACAUUUUAGUAAUUUAGCAGACGCUCUUAUCCAGAGUGACUUACAGUUAGUGAGUGCAUACAUUUGUUUAAAUAUUUUUUUUAUACUGGUCCCCCGUGGGUAACAAACCCACAACCCUGGCGUAGCAAACGCCAUGCUCUACCAACUGAGCUACACGGGACCUCUGCUUCUCUCACCUGCAUCUCUCCCUGUUCCUCUUUCUGCUCUCCCUGGACACCUGCUGUAACAUCGCCUGCCAUGCCCCUGUUGCAUACAACAUUCAUGCUGUGAUUUUAUGAGGUUACCUUCCUCCCUCCAACCCUUCUCUUUCUUUCUUUCUUUCUUUCUUUCUUUCUUUCUUUCUUUCUUUCUUUCUUUCUUUCUUUCUUUCUUUCUUUCUUUCUUUCUUUCUUUCUUUCUUUCUUUCUUUCUUUCUUUCUUUCUUUCUUUCUUUCUUUCUCUCUCACUCUCUCUCGCCGCCUCUCCAUCAUAUACAUGCAUAAAUUAAACGUCUCAAACAUUGAUGUCAGUCAGAGGUUUGAACAGAAGCUCAAGUUACAUGGGUGUCUCAGGUUAAGAUUCAGCCUGCAGAUGUCCGCUAUCUGUUUUAAUCCCCAUACAUCCUUUGAAGGUGAAGGGUCUGAGUGGUCUAGCUGCCCACACAGGGGAUCAAGAGUGUUUUGUAGAUCUCAAACGAUUGGACUUGGGGUUGCCAUAGUGUCACUUAGCACAUGACGCGGCACACCACGGGUCACAUUUCUGCCGCCGAUACAUCACAGAGCUAAUGGACUUAUUAGCAUCUCUUUUAUUACUGUACACCAGAAUGGAGUGCUUUCAUUUAGCUCAGAUAUGCAUAAUGCGCGCCUUUGUGUGUUGGCCGUGAUUCAUUAACAUGAAGGCCAAUAGUAUUGUGUAGCAUUAGAGAUUCUAAUUGGCUGUUCAACUAGAUGGAUUGCUAUAGUAGAUCCCCCUAAACCUAUGAAGGCCCCAAGAGACCUCUGGUACUUUGUUACUCUGUUGCAACUUUAAAAGAGAGAAAAGGGAAUGAGAAAUUAGAAAAAGCAAAAUGUAAGUAUACUCUAAGGAAUGAAGGUUGGAGAGAGGAAGAUAAAGAGAGAUAUAGUCAGGAAGCAUGAAGUGUAUAGAGUGCUGUCAUUUCUGUAUGUGGUGGUGGCUCCCCCAAGCAGCAAAUGACAAUGCCACUGCUUUAACAUAUUUUGGCUUUAACACAUUUUGUUAAUGCAGUGGCAUUGUGCUUUGCUGCUGCUACAGAGAAAGCCUGCCUCACUGAAUUAUUUUAAUAUAAAUCAAGGCAGUGCUCUCUGUUGUGCUCUGGCAAACAGCAACGGCAGGCAGCAGCAGCAGCAGUUUUCUGUUGGAAUGAGAAUAUCGGUAUGUGGUAAUAUUUAUGUUGAUGUGUUUUGUUUUGUUGUGUCUCCCCAUGCAGCACCCAGCGCUCCUCCUCAGCAGGUGACAGUGCUGACAGUGGGGAACCAUAACAGCACCUCCAUCAGUGUGUCCUGGGACCCCCCUCCCACAGACCACCAGAACGGCAUCAUCCAGGAGUACAAGGUAGGGAACAGCCAUCUGUAUAGGAGACAGUAGAGUCUUAUAUUGAGAAGAAAGGCUCUGGUAUACAGGUUCACUGUAUGUGUAUUGUGUAUAAAUAUUACAAUACAUUUUUACAUUGCACUGUUGAGGAACCUUGCUAGUAAGCAUUUUAUUACACUGUUUACCUGUGCCAAUAAACUUUGAUUUGAUUUAAAAUUGGGUAUCAACUGUCUCUCAUCACAAAUUCCUGUCCCUGUCCCUGUGUGUGUGUGUGUGUGUGUGUGUGUAUGUGUGUUAGAUCUGGUGCCUGGCAAAUGAGACCCAUUUCCAUGUGAAUAAGACGGUGGAUGCGGCCAUCCGUUCGGUGGUGGUGGGGGGUCUGCAGGCGGGGGUGCAGUACCGUGUGGAGGUGGCGGCAGGCACCAGCUCUGGGGUGGGAGUGAAGAGCGAGCCCCAGCCUAUUAUCAUAGGUAACACACAAACACACAGGGUACAGGGUCUAAGGCAACCCACAUAAUAGCAGGGAACCCUAAUCUGAUUCACAGGCAGGCGGUCCGGAAGAAGGAUUGAUCAAUUUAUUGCGCUUGGAAAUAAGAUGAUUGUGCAUUGUCGGAGAUAACAUGUGUACGGUUUGAAACGAGGGGUUCAGUGAAUUCUGUAAGGCAUGCUCCAUACAUAGCGCUCUAUCAGGAAAUCAAUAGCAGUUCAUUUAGUGUAGGGUCCAGUAACAAUGUGGUGAGUGCUGUUAGCCAUAAUAAUAAUCCUCGAUAUCUGUGUGGCCAUCGCUAAAAAUUGUAGACAGUGUUAUUGGGGUGGGUUUAUCAUCCUAUCACAUCUAAUCAAACAGCUGAAGGAUGCGCUGAGUAUAUAGGCCUAAAAUCAAUAUCAGAACCAGGCCAGACGCUCUUCAUCCGUGACUUUUGACUGAUGUGUGGAGAAAAUAUCCUUAACGGCCAGAGACAGGCAAACAGAGGCCUGUGGACUAAGGCUUAAUGACUGGGACUGGUGCUCCUGCUCACGCUGGAGACUGUGAAUCUAAUUUCACAGCACAGUAGCUGCAGCAGAAAAUCAAAAUCUGUCUGAUCUGCUCUGUCAAUCUCCUGUCUCGGAGCUCAAAUUGAUGAGAGCACUGCUGAAUUGAUGAACUCUCUGCCCACAUAUUGCAGUUUUUUAUGGUUUCGAUGGUGUGUUUUUUAUUUGAUAUUCUUUAUCUAUAGUGUUUCAUAGUGUUGUAUUGCUUUAACCCUAGAAUAUAACUGUAACGUGAUUGUAUCUUUCGUAUAGAGUUUAUUGUUUUUAAAUCAUAUAGUAUAUUUUGAUAUUAACUAUUGAUAAACAUUGAUUUUAAUCGCUUUUGAGAGAUGUUAUCCGUUGACUGGUUUAGGUCUACUGGACAACAAAGCACUAUCCAUCCACCAGAUGCCAUGGUGUCAAUCUGAUGGGUGUCUCUUGUCCCCUGUCCCCUCCUGUCUGUCCCCAGGUGCAGAGCUGCGUGAUGUGAUGAAGGGGGCGGAGGGCAACAACAGCAUCUCAGACGUGGUGAAGCAGCCGGCCUUCAUCGCUGGGCUGGGAGGGGCCUGCUGGAUCGUCCUCAUGGGCUUCAGCGCCUGGCUGUACUGGAGGAGGAAGAAGAGGAAGGGCCUCAGCAACUACGCAGGUCAGAACCACUAUAUACUGUUACGGAUACAGGCCUGAGUUAUAUCAACAGAGAUCAGAGACACUAUGCAGGUCAGAACCACUAUAUGCUGUUACAGAUACAGGCCUGAGUUAUAUCAACAGAGAUCAGAGACACUACGCAGGUCAGAACCACUAUAUACUGUUGCAGAUACAGGCCUGAGUUAUAUCAACAGAGAUCAGAGACACUAUGCAGGUCAGAACCACUAUAUACUGUUGCAGAUACAGGCCUGAGUUAUAUCAACAGAGAUCAGAGACACUAUGCAGGUCAGAACCACUAUAUACUGUUGCAGAUACAGGCCUGAGUUAUAUCAACAGAGAUCAGAGACACUACGCAGACACAUUACAGAGUAGAUAAGCUUUACCAACUAUCUUUAGAGGAUGUGUCUAGCGUGAGUUAGUGGAAUCCCAGAGGUAAUAGACAGAGGUGUUUUGGCUUGAUGGUGUAUCAUUUAAUGCACAACAAAGGUAGAGAUAUUCAAUUCAGACGGAAAUAAGUCCUAUUUGCCUUAAUCCAUUGUGCACCUAUGUGCAUCGGCUGUAAACACAAUCCCAUCAAAACUUCACCUUAAGACUCAAAUACACUUAUUUGAAAUAAGUAAUUCACAUUCCCUUUCAUUAUGUGACCGUGACCCAUAUUGUUCACACAUUAGCCGUAAAUGCAUUCUCCAGAUUUAGGUACGCAAUUUUUUCGAUCGGCCCUCCGAGGGGGAGGGGGGAGGGAGACUAUUGUCAUUAUAAUGUGUAUUGCUAUCACCAUGCUUCAGUGGCUGGGGUGGAAACCAUGUUGAUUACCUAAUUCAAUAGUGAUUUACUUUAUUCACCAUCGCUGCUCCUCUGAUCCCACCUUUUCUCAGAGCAAAUGUAUCUUCAAUAUCCAGUUGAAUGUUUCUGUCUCCGUUUUUGCUGCCUGCUUUGUAUUUCUCAUCCAUACUCUAGUUAUUCUUUGUCACAUUUUUCCUGAUGAAAAUAUGACUACCAUCGUCAAAAGGAUGGUGUUUGCAUCUUUUUUAUGUCUGUGGCUGUGUUCAUGUUUGUUUAUGCUGAUGUUACAUCGAUUGUGUCGACACUACAGUGUCGGCAGGCUUUUAACACACACACACUGUCUUUUUGUUUUGCAGUUCAGUCCUUCACCUUUACCCGUGCAGGUAUUGACCAUUUGUCCUGUCUUGUCACCUAACUUUGGAUAUUGGGCUAUAGCACUAGAAUAUGUUUUGAGAAUAUAUAUGAUAAAAAUAUAUAACAGCUUGAAACACAUUCAAUCUUAACAGAGCACUCUUCUGAUUAAAAUUCUUCCCUCUCUCUCUCUCUCUCCCUGCUCCUUGCCAUCUCUCUCUGGUUGGACCACAGUGACAUUCCAACGAGACAGAGGCCUGAUUGGAAAUGGAAGGUGAGGAUCACACCUCUGUCUAUAACCUUUCCAUAAUACAAUCAAAAUCCUUAUUAAGUCAUUCAACCCUCCCAUCACUCAAACACAUUGGCAUGCAGAGAUUACAGUAGCAAAUAAAUAUUAGAAGUGAUGAUCCAUCCGUCCAUCCAUGGUGUGAUGAUGGAACUUGAUCAACCUUCAUGGAGGGCACAAAGUCAUUGGAAUAUGAAUUCACUUCCUAUAUGUUCCAACGCUCCUCCACUUAUUCAUCCUGGUGCAACACAUGGUUUGAUGUAUCGAUUGAUUGAGUCAUCAAUUACUCCCGUGAAAUUAUCAGAAACGAUGAAUGCAGGCAGAGCAGGUUUUUUUAUUGGCUCGUUCAUCCUGUGCGGUGGGGCUGGUGGCGGCAUUGCCAGGGGGUGAUGAAUUUGCCUGUCGACUGACAGGCUGCCGCAUGGCUCACAGCACACCUCCAGAAUGCAAGCAUAUGUAAUGAUGUAAAGUGAUAAUGACCCAGGGGAUAGGGGCCGGAGAGGAGACUCCCCAGUCCCACUGAACCCCAGGCAGGCAGGCAGGCAAAUCAAAUCAAAGUUUAUUGGUCGCAUCCACCGUUUUGCAGAUGUUAUCGCAGGUGCAGUGAAAUGAUUAUUAAUGCUUUCAGACACUGGCAGUAUAGGAAUGUAGAUCACCCCUGUCUUCUACAGCUAGUCUAGUGUGGUCUGUCUUACAGAGAUACUGUCACGAUCGUUGACGAACGGGACGGACCAAGGCGCAGCGUGAUAUGCAUACAUGUUUAUUUAUAUAGAAUAAACACCACGACAAAACAACAAAUGAAACGAAACGUGAAGUCCAAGGUAGACAAACAACAUACCUCACACGGAACAAGAUCCCACAACCCACUAGUGCCAAUAGGCUGCCUAAGUAUGGUCCCCAAUCAGAGACAACGAGCGACAGCUGCCUCUGAUUGAGAACCACACCGGCCAACAUAGAUCUAGACAUACUAGAUUCUACAACAAUGAACAAACACAACACCGAAUAUACACACCCUGACUCAACAAAUAAACGUCCCCUGAGUCAGGGCGUGACAGUACCCCCCCCCAAAGGUGCGGACUCCGACCGCGCCACAUAAACAUAACAGGGUAGGGGCCGGGUGGGCAUUCCGCCUCGGAGGCGGAUCCGGCUCCGGGCGUGACCACCACCUAUUCUCCGCCUCCCUGUUGCGCCCCUGGUCAGGUCUGGACCUCGGCGCGCUGCUUCCCCUCUCCUUCCUCCCACGAAGUACCAAGCCCUGUCUGGACCCUGGUGUGGGAGACCCCGAACCUGGAGAGAGGCUAACGUCUGGGUCUGGACUGGAACCACUGACUGGAGCUGGACCCGACGACGGUGGAGCGAACUGCUCUGGCUCCGGAGUGGAGCCGCUGACCGGAGCUGGAUCAGGCACCGGUGGAGCGGACUGCUCUGGCUCCGGAGUGGAGCCGCUGACCGGAGCUGGACUGGACCCCGGUGGAGCGGAUUGCUCUGGCUCCAGAGUGGAGCAGCUGACCGGAGCUGAACUGAGCACCGGUGGAGCGGACUGCUCUGGCUCCGGAGUGGAUCCGCUGACCGGAGCUGGACUGGACCCCGGUGGAGCAGAUUGCUCUGGCUCCGGAGUGGAGCAGCUGACCGGAGCUGAACUGGGCACCGGUGAGACAGGCCGGACCGGGCUGGCGACGCGCCCAACUGGCUUGCUGCGAGGGACAGGAACAGGCCGGACCGGGCUGGCGACGUGCACCACUGGCUUGGUGCGAGGGGCAGGAACAGGCCGGGCCGGGCUGGCGACGCGCAUCACUGGUUUAGUGCGAGGGACAGGAACAGGCCGGACCGGGCUGGCGACGCGCACCACUGGCUUGGUGCGAGGGACAGGAACAGGCCGGGCCGGGCUGGCGACGCGCAUCACUGGUUUAGUGCGAGGGACAGGAACAGGCCGGACCGGGCUGGCGACGCGCACCACUGGCUUGGUGCGAGGGACAGGAACAGGUCGGACCGGGCUGGCGACGCGCACCACUGUCUUGGUGCGAGGAGCAGGAACAGGCCGGGCCGGGCUGGCGACGCGCACCACUGGCUUGGUGCGAGGGACAGGAACAGGCCGGACCGGGCUGGCGACGCGCACCACUGGCUUGGUGCGAGGGACAGGAACAGGCCGGACCGGGCUGGCGACACGCACCACUGGCUUGGUGCGAGUGACAGGAACAGGCCAGACCGGGCUGGCGACGCGCACCACUGGCUUGGUGCGAGAGACAGGAACAGGCCGGGCCGGGCUGGCGACGCACACCACUGGCUUGGUACGAGGCGCAGGAACAGGCCGGACCGGGCUGGCGACGCGCACCACUGGCUUGAUGCGAGGAGCAGGAACGGGUCGGGCCGUACUGGGAACACGCACCACUGGCUUAGUGCGGGGAGCAGGAGCAGGAACGGGCCGGACCGGACUGGCGACACGCACCACUUGCUUGGUGCGAGGAGCGGGACUGGGUUCCUUUAUAAACCCCCUUCUGCUGCCUAACCAACUCCUCUCGCCGUGCCUCUACACCUUCCUUCUCCCUUUUUGCCUCCUGUAGCACCUCCCUCUGACUGAAUAACUCCAGCUCCCUCUGAACCAAUAGCCCCCGUAACCUGGUGGCCUCCUCUCCUAACCUGCAGAUCCGCCCUGUCGCGGCCUCCUGCUGCCUCGUCGUCCACACCGUGUGCCCCCAAAAAACAUUUCUUGGGGUUGCCUCUCGGGUCUCCGUCGUCGGCACGGUUGGCGCCGUUUCUCCUCUCCUGCCUGGGCAUUUACCUUCGCCCAUGGCCCUUUCCCCGCAAAUAUCUCCUCCCAUGACCACAAUUUGCCCACCUGUGACAUCGCUACUCGCUCUUCCUGGGCACGCUGCUUGGUCCUCGUUUGGUGGAAUCUUCUGUCACGAUCGUUGACGAACGGGACGGACCAAGGCGCAGCGUGAUAUGCAUACAUGUUUAUUUAUAUAGAAUAAACACCACGACAAAACAACAAAUGAAACGAAACGUGAAGUCCAAGGUAGACAAACAACAUACCUCACACGGAACAAGAUCCCACAACCCACUAGUGCCAAUAGGCUGCCCAAGUAUGGUCCCCAAUCAGAGACAACGAGCGACAGCUGCCUCUGAUUGAGAACCACACCGGCCAACAUAGAUCUAGACAUACUAGAUUCUACAACAAUGAACAAACACAACACGGAAUAUACACACCCUGACUCAACAAAUAAACGUCCCCUGAGUCAGGGCGUGACAGAUACGUAGCUCUGAAUAUCACUGGCUGAAUAUCACUGGCUGAAUAUCACUGGCUGAAUAUCAUUGGGCACUGACUCAGUGAGAAUGAAGAGAGAUCCUCCAGGAGCUAGGGAUCAGACUCUUCCUCUCCCUCUGUCUUUCUCUCUGCUUUCUUGUGUUUCUUCUAUUUCCUCUCUCUUUCUCUACUUUGUCACACCUGAGCAGGCAGAUCCAGUCCUGAGCUGAAACAAAUGUAGCAAAACAAAUACGCUAAAAACAAACUGUGCGUUGUGUUGCCUGAGUCCACAAGUGUGUAUUUGUGUGUGUAUGUGUGUGCGUGCGUGUGUAUUAUUGGAUGUGUGUGUCUGUGUAAAUUUGUGUGAACAUGCCUGUGUGAUUUAAUAUGGAAAUUACUCCCAUACUUGUUUAAACACCUUUAAAGCCAUCACAAGUCAGAUGUGUACAAUUCCCUGAGCGCUUGGCAGGCUUGGCUCACAGGGAAAUGCAUUUGUGGACUACUGCAUGAAUUAACCAAAUGCAAACAAAGGCAUGUGAGGCAUGUGACUGAGGACUCUCUUUAUACCAACAACUAGAUAAGGUAAUAGGGUAAAAGCAUGGAUAUAAAAUUGUGAAAAAUACAGAUACAGUAUAUGAUCUUAAUUUGAUCACUGUUGUUGCUGAGAAUUUUCUUGAGCCGCAGGAAAUAAAGAUGAGCUUUGUGAUUUACAUAAAACCCACACUAACACAUUAUAUUAACAGCAUUUGCACUUUUCAUGUAGCCUCAUUUUGACCAGCUAACCACCGACCAUGGCAUCCUAACCACCGAUCAAGUGACACUAAAUGUUCAAAUCCUGUUGCUGCAGGAUUAUUUUUCUGUGACAAUACAGGUCAAAUUAAGUACCUUUAUCUGUUCAUUAUUCUACUCCUAGUAACAAAAUAUAAUAUAAUAAAUAUUUCUGUAUUUAUUUCAGACAAUGGAGUGAAAUUGCCAAUUUCCUGUGCAAUAUGGGAGAGGUGGUUUCACCAAACCAUCCUAUGAGCGUUGCCGGUUGUGUUGCUAUGGAGACACUACCCAACUUCCCCGGGCUGGCAGGCUAACCGCCAGAAGGCCCUCCAUGAUUCUACAUUUAAAAUGGAAAUUUCUGUAGUGCUGGGCUCUAAAACUGAUUUAAUGUCUGUGCAUUUAGUCCUGGUCCAUUUCCCCAGGGGAGUUUAGGGGCACUAAAGCCCAGCACUGAUUUGUAGACUUGUCAGUUUUUUAUGUCUCUCUGUUUGCUUGUUUAUUGUUGCCUCUACUCCAGGCUGCUCCCGAGGAGCAGAUAUGCUGAAUGAGGUUCCACAGCAAUUUGUUGUUGAACCAGUCGGUAUAACAACAUGUGAGAAAAUGAAUAAUAUCGCUGGGAUUCAGACAGCACCAGAGUUUUGCCUAAUAACAAUCUCACAUUCCCUCCCCUCUCUCCCAUUCUCUCUAUGUAUCACUUCUUUCUCCCGCCCUCUCCUCUCUAUAUAUCUCUCUAAAAACAGUCAUCCUGGUCUGCUGAAAGCCGGUGACCCAGGAUUCCCCUGGUUGGCUGACUCCUGGCCCUCCACCAGCCUGCCAGCAAAUGGGGGCUUGGGAGGUACCAAGGACCGAGGAAACUUUGGCAGAGGA